CUGAAAGAACUAAUUCGUCGAAGAAAAGUCACACCGGACUCAAAACGUUAACUCUGUUUCUCUCUCCACGGAUGCUGCCAGACCCUCUGAGUUUCUCCAGCACUUACGGUUCUACUUUAUUUCCAGACCCCCAGAAGCCGCAGCUCACUGGCUUUUGUUUUAAGUUGGGUGGAUGGAGAGGAGACAGGGGAGCGAGAGGCGGAACGUUCCCCCUUCCUGCGCUGUGGCCAUCGCGCGAUUCGUGGGACGGAAAGGAAAGGAGCGCAGCGCAUGAUUCGGCGGAGGAGUUCGGGCUGGCGAUAGAACGAACCUCCUGCCCAGCUCAGCAAGGAAGGCCGUGGCAGUAGGACCCUGCAGGCGCAGCCCUCUUAACAAACGGGAGAGAGAGAGAAAAAAGUCUUGACUCACUGAGAAGGAGCAGGAAAAAGAAACAGGUCGGGUCUCAUCCCGCUGCACACAGCCUAGCAACCGUCGGGAAAGGCUCUGGCUAAACUCUCUGGGGGCUACCUUUAGCAGACUGACUGGAGUUGGGGGUGUGGUGGCUGCUGGUGGAGACUGUGAUAACAUGGUGAAAGUUGAAACCUUUGUGUGUUCCUUCAUCCUCCUGGAGCUGUUUUACCGAAGCCAUGGAGUCAUCAUUACAUCUUCAAAUAAAGAAGUGGAAACACAUGAACAUGAUUCCGCUCUUCUUCCUUGUGUCUUCAAUGUGGAAGCGACUCUGUCCCCUCGGGUGGAGUGGAAGAAAAUCAAAGGAAAACAUGUCACCUUCAUGUACUUCGAUCAUGGUCUGACUGAUGAGUACAAGAACCGGGCGAAAAUGAAUGGGUACAGCAUCAGGCUGCUGAGGGUGACCCGUGAAGACAUGGCCACAUACCGCUGUGAAGUGACAGCCAAGGAUGACAGGAUUGUCUUCGCUGAGAAGGAGUUCAAACUCUCUGUACUGGUGCCACCAGUUGUUCCCACGUGUAAAGUUCCGAGCUCUGCAAUCUCGGGGUCAAAGGUCGUGUUGACUUGCAAGGAGUCAGAAGGAUCACCGCCGUCCAAUUACACCUGGUACAAAGAUGGCACCAUACUCCUGGAGCGUCCGGCUAAGGGUUCAACCUCCAACAAUUCUUACACUGUGGAUGGGAAGACAGGAAUACUGACAUUUAACCCUGUCCAAAAGAGUAACAGUGGAUCGUACCACUGUAAGGCAAAGAAUAAAGUUGCUUCAAUGACAUGUUCAACUCAGUUCAUGCAAGUCAAUGAUCUUGACAUCGGUGCAAUCGUUAUCACCGUAAUAAUCAUCGCCUUGGUGUUGUCACUGUGUGGGCUCGGAAUGUACUACACCCACAGAAAGGGUUACUUAGGGAGAAAAGGGUCCUCUAAGGCAAAAACCACCAAACAAACAGCUGCUUCUCCAGUCAAUGAAGAAUUCAAACAUACCAAGUCUUUUGUUAUCUGAAGCAAAGGGAAGAUCUGUGAAGAAUUUGAAACCACUAUUCAUAUCCAUAAAAAAUGUUAUGUCUUGUUUGUAGGACAGUGGUGCAGAUCUUGAUAACUGCCAAUGUUGGAAAUCAGAAACAAAAACAAAAAUUGCCGGAAAAAUUCAGCAGGUCUGGCAGCAUAUGUGGAGAGAAAUCAGAGUGAAUGUUUCAGAUCCAGUGACCCACCUUCAGAAUUGUUCUGAAUGAUCACUCAACCUGAAAUGUUAACUCAGAUUUCGCUCGACAGAUGCUGCCAGACUUGCUGAGAUUUUCCAGCAGUUUCUGUUUUCAUUUCUGGUGUAGAUCCUGACUCCAACCCUCCAAUUGCAGUCUCUUGCACAUUCCCAAAUUCCUUUACCCCACAAUUAGCAACAGGGCUUUUAACUGUUUGGACCCUAUGCUCUGGAAUUUCGUAGCUGAUCUUUUCUACGUCUCUGUACCUCCUUUGAAGAGGUUCCUUAAAACGUACCUCUGUGUGCAACCUACCGUAAUAUCACCUUAUAUGGCUUGGUGUCAACUAUCGCAUGAUGAUGUUUAUGUGAAGCACAUUAAGACAUUUUCUGUGUAAAUCACUCCAUAGAUGAAAGGUGUUGACAGCAUGUUGAAAACCUGUUUUACAUCUGUGCAACUGUCUUUAUUGAAAGUAAGCAUGGAGAGAAAGAGACAGUGAGAGAGAAAAUGACCCCAGCAUCUAUCAUCACAGUACUGCAUAAAUCAAGAUUUAUCCCAGUGAAUUAUUGUCAAAGUAAGUGACUGCUCUAACUGCAGACACUGUUUUAUGUCUGAGGUAGUAUUGCCUCGUGACGACAAAGUGUUGUAAACCUCCACCUCUUUUUCAAAAAUGUGAAGCCCACAACCCACACACUCCAUUUAACAGAGUCUUGGCACGUCGGAGAAAAGGGAUUUCUUUUUCUACAAUUACACUUCUUGCUAAUUUUAUUUUUAAGAAAGAGAGGAAAGAACUGCAAAUACUGGUGAUGUAGAGAGAGUUCAGCCAUUUUGACUUAAGUUAUCAAACAUAAUCUGAAUAGCGAAUUCUUCUGGAGUCCAGGCCACAUCGAUGCCAAAAUAUACAUCACUAAAGAGGAAUUAGGAUAAUCAUUUGUCAUGUUGCUGUUGGAGAGAGAGAGAGCUUGCUGUAUAAAAUGUGAUUGCUGCCCCUUUCGUAUGGUAUAACACUGAAUACACUCCAAACGUGCUUUGUGGAUUGUGAGGUGGGAUGAAUGUUGGGAGGAAGAUGUAAUGCAGCUUCAGGAGAAUUUUGGCAGUGAAUAGGCAAGAACAUAGCAAAUGGAAUAUAAUGUGGAAUAAUGUGCUUUAUGACAUCCUGAGGUUAAGAAUGGUGCUACGUAAAAGCAACUUUUACAUUUUUUAGGUCAAAGGGGACCAAUUCAUACUACCCACUGCUGUAAAGCAAAUUCAUAGAAUCCCUCCAGGGUGGAAAGAGGCCAUUCAGCCCAUCAAGUCCACUCUGAUCCUCUGAAGAGCAUCUCACCCUGACCCUUGCAACCCCACAUUUAACAUGGCUUUUGCUGCCAUCCUGCACACCAUGAACAAUUUAGUGUGGCCAAUCCACCAACCUGCACAUCUUUGAAUUGUGGGAGGAAACCACACCCAGUGGAAACCCGCACAGAGAGAACAUGCACGCUCCACGUAGACAGUCACCCAAAGCUGGAAUUGAACCCAGGGCCCUGGCACUACGGGCAGCAGUGCUAAAUACUGUGCUGUGAACAGUUCAUCAGUCUGCCUGACAGUUUGUUGCAUCUGCAUGUUAGUUUUUAAUUAACUCAUCAACAAUGACACAAUUAGGCCCCUUUGUACCUCUGCACUUUCUAGUCUCUCACCGUGUAAGAAAUCAUCUUUACAUCAAUCUUUUCCUACCAUUCUAACCUUUUAUUAUUUUUUACAUCAUAUUCCAUCCGCCAUGUUUCCACCCACUCACUAAGCCUGCCGAGUCCUGAAGCUAUUUUACACCUUCUUUACAAUACACAUUCCCACUUAGCGUUAUAUCAUUUGCAAUUUUUAAAAUUAAGUGUAUUUAAAACAAAAUCCUCCAUUAAUUUGGCUAUUUCUCAAAUUACAGGUAUCCUAAUUUUCUGAUUUUGGUUUUGUUCACUGCUAAAAAGUAAACUUGUGUUUACAUAGGACCUUUUACAUGCUCAGAACAUCACAAAGCAUGCAAAAGCAGUGAGGUACUUCUAGCCAUUGUUGUAAUGUAGUGAAAGUGGCAGCCAGUUUGUCUGCAGUAAAUCCUCAUCACAUGAUGAGAAAAAGAUAAUCUAACUUGCUACACUGAUUAAAGGAUAAGAACGGGCCAGGACACUGUGAAGAGUUCCUCUUCAAAAUAGCACAAUGGAAAUCCUUUGCAUCUACCAGAGAGCAAAUGGUGCCUUAGACUGAUAUCUCAUCUGAAAGUCAGUACCUCUGACAAUGUAAUACUCUAUAAGAUCUGUACCAACAUGAUAGACUACAUUUUUGUGUAUAGAAUGAGGGCUGAACCUACAACCUUCUAACUUAUAGAUCCAUAUUCCACCCUGUAAGCAACGGCAUCGUUCAGCUUAGCUGCUUCAAAUUCCCCAACUAUACACUUACAACUGGCCUCUGGGGAUCAAUGUUUUUCAGACCCUUAUAUUUUCAAAGUGCCUUAAGACAAAUACAUUGACAAUUUUCUUCUCCAUAUUUGUUGAUUUACUGGAUGGAUCAAUAAAAAUAUAAGUUACAAUCAGGCUGUCCCGCUCCUGAGCCUGCUGCACUAUUCAAUAAGGUUAUGACUGAUCAGAUUACUCCACAGAUCCAUGCACCCUUGAUAACCUUUAACCACCUUGUUUAUCAAGAAUCCACCUACCUUUGUCUUAAAUAUCCAAAGACUCACAAUAGUUUGAGAGAAAAGUAAAAUGCUCCUUAAUCCUUCUUAAAUAGGUGACCCCUUAUUUUUAAACAGUGAGCCUGAGUUCUAGAUUCUUCCACAAGACGAGACAUGCAUCCUCUCAAGACCAGGAAUGACACAGAGCACAAAUGAAUAUUUUACCACACUGAAUAGCAGGGAUUUCUCUUGCAUAAUGAUGAACUAAGUGGGAAAGCAAUCCCUUUUGAAUCUUGGAAAGACAAUCUGUCAGUUUUGUUAAUGUACUUGGAAACAGUGGGAGCUUUGAAGGAAACAUAAGGAUUGAUGUGUCUCUGCACACAAACCACUUAAAACUAGUAUGCAAUAUAAAACAAACUGGGAACUGGAAAAAGAGUUGGAAUUUAAAUACGAGGCUUCAGCAAAAUGCUGCCUGAUAUACCAGGUUCAGUUUGGGGCAGUUCACCUCAAGAAGGUCAUAUUGGACUUGACAGAGGUACAAACAUUGAUGUACCAGAAAUAUAGUAAAGUUUAAACUGGGUAGAGAUUGAAUAAACCUGGUUUGUGUAUUAAAUGGUAACUCAUUUUUCAAGAAGUAGAUAGAGAACAGUUUCCCCUGGUGAGGGAAUUAAAGGAUGAAGAGUAUACCUUUAGAUUAAAGCUGGACUAUUCAGGAAUGCAUAGCACUUUCUCACAAAUGCAGUUGGAAAUCUAGAAUUCUUUGCGCCAGGUCACUUACAGUUUUAAAGUCUGAGAUUCAUAAAUUUACAUUGAUUAAAGGUAUCAAGGGGUGUAGAGGAAAGGUUGAUAAAUGGAGUUGAGAUACAGAUCAGCCAAGAUUUGGCUUCAUGGCAGAACAGGCUCAAGCAGCAUAAUGACAUACUCCUGUUCCUAUAUACUGUCUCAUGGAAAAGUAGAAGAGAGAGAGAGAACCUUGGAAUUCCUGUGACUAGAUCCAUCUUUCCAGGGAACCAUGAGAAUUUCUUGAGAUACUGUGUGUGAUCCUGAAGAGUACAUCAGUAUUAGCAAUGAUGGUGCCCAGGAGAGUAUUUAGAAUUUGCAGGGGAAACCUUACAAUACAACAGUAUUUGCAGGUGGUUCCCCUAACAUAUCACUAUUUGUAUGGCAAUAUCUCUGGUUUAAUAAUUUUGCAACUGCAUACCCAUGAAUCAGUACUUUCCGAGAUAACCCCUGCAGUAUAUUAAUAGUUCCAUGUGAGUUGCAGGAAUAUAUUUGCACGGGGAAUCACUACAGCACUUAAAUAUUGAUAGGAUUUUGCCAGGAAUUUCAGUAUUUUCAGAAAAAAAAACAGGAAUGCUAUCAAUUGGUUUGCUGUGACAAAGAGACCCUGCCAAAAGCAUUGAUGUGUCCAUGUCUUUUUAGAUGCUGAUGGGUCUUGUGUACUUCUAGCAUUGGUGUUUGCUUUUGGGAGUUGCAACUAACUCUUUUUAUCAUAUUUGUUGGCUGCUUUUGAGUUCCAUAACAUGAAUUGAUGCAGAUACUUCUUGUUGUGCAUGAGUGUAAAAACUAACUUUACCAGAACACUUUAUAAUUUUAACUCUUUAUCAGCUAAUAACUUGAGUCAAUAAUGAAAUAACAUUAAAAGUAUCAACACAGGCCUUGGGUUCAAUUUUUUUAACAUUGAUUAAACAGGAUGUGAUACUUUCAAAUUGUUAGUGAUAAUGCAAAAUUUCUUGACCCCUCCACCAACACCUUCGCAAUUUCAGUUCUUGUAUCAGUCCAUCUCCUCAAAUUACGAGGGCAGUAACUUGCCCACUUUAAAUUGCUAUGAAUCACUUUACAUACUGAAGGACCGCAUAAUGGUGACCCAACCCAUUAGGAACCAGUUACAUGGAUCUUGAACAUAGGUUGUGUUCAAUAAUAAACAUAUCUCCAUAUAUUACAACAGUGACUCCAUUUCAAAAGUAUUUGAGUGGCUGGUGGUAAAUUUCAGGCUGUCAUGAAAAGUGCUGCAUAAAUGCAUUUCUGUCUUUAUUGGAGGAUGAAUUUCUGAGGUUUUUUGUCACAUUACUGACAAUUCUCCUGUUAACAUUUUAGCUUGGUGGCUAAGAUACCCUGGGAGAAAUUCACCCCCUCAGUCCACUCUCCUGAAAUGGUCAGUAAAAAUCAACCAUUGUACAUCUAAUUUAUACAAGCUAUAAAUAGCAAGUCCUGGUGAGGCUUUGAACUUUAAUCUUAGAUAUACAUGUCAUAGCAAACUGAAAAUGACAUGAUGCAUUAAUAAAAUACUUCAUGAAUAUUAAGCAUCACACUGCAUGAGCAGUAUGGUGGGUCUGUGAUUAGCACUUGAUGCAUCACAGUGCCAGGGACGUGGAUGCAAUUCCACCCUCAGAUGACUUCCUGUGUGGAGGUGACACAUUCUCCCCAUGUUUGUGUGGGUUUACCCUAGGUGCUCUGGUUUCCUUCCAUAGUCCAAAGAUGUGCAGGUUAGGUGGAUUGACCAUGUUAAGUAACCCGUAAUGUUUGGGGAUGUGUAGAUUAGUUGUGGGAAAUGCAGUGUGAUAGGAUAGGAGGAUGAGUCUGGGUGGAAUGACCUCCAGAGGGUUGGUGUGGAUGAUGUUCAGUGUGGACUUGUUGGGUUGAACGGCCUGCUUUCACACUGUAGGGAUUCUAUGGAAAUCCACUAUUCCUAACACUAUUCACUUUGUCUAUUGUCACUACUUCAGUUUGAGCCCAUGAAAGAAAUCUUAAAACAGCAUUAAUAAAACUACAAAUGUUUUCUUUUAACAUGUACAGCUGAAGUUAUGGUUUGUACAAGAUCUUUACAAAUAACUCAUGUCUUAAAUCUCAUGGCAAACUUCUGUUAAAAUUGCAAAUAGAACUUGGUUAAAAACACCACCUUACUGCUGUUGAGAAAAGGUAAACAUUACACCUCAGACAAAAUCCAACUAAGCAGCAAUUUUUCCAUUUAAGCCUGUUUCUUAUUUACUUUGUAUUUACUUGUUUACUUUUCAUGAGCCUGUAGGUUCAACCUCUUACCUUUUUGAAUAAAUGCCAAGAUGUCCUGCUGUCAA